GGAUAGGAACGAGGUGAUCCUUCUGAAUUUCAUGGAAUGUGGACGAACCAUUGACUCUGACUGCUGCAUCAAUCACAACACUGACUAAGCUGAAGGCUUGAACUUCCAGAGCCAGGCCAGAGAAGAAGACAGCCUUUCUUUUGGAAUGUGAUAAUGCCAGGCAGUUGGAAGGCUGUGGAGCACGUUGCCUAUUUUGGCUGGAAUGUCCUAACAUACCCACCAUAUAGUCUGGAUUUGGUUCCUUUCGACUUCAUCUGCUCAGGCCAAUGAAAGGUGGAUUGUAUGGGUGACAUUUUCCUAGCAGCAACUCCAUCACAGCAGCUGUGAAACAGUGGGUCACCUCUGCUGGUGCAGAUUUUUUAUGAGCAUAGCAUGCAGGCUCUUGUUCAUCGCUGGUGAAAAUGCAUAGCUAAAGGUGGUGACUGUGUUGAAGAGGUGUUUUGUAGCUGAAAAUUUGCUCUAUCAAACAAUGUUACUGUGGUCUGUGUAUCUGGUGUAGUUUCCAUGGUAUUAAACGGGAGGCAAUGCUUUCAGAGCAACCUACGUAUAAUAGCUGUAAGAGCAUGCAUCACACCAUGAAAAUAAGAACAAAAAUGGAUUUGGGUGUAUAUUGCAAUUCUGGAGGCUUCAAUGACUGUGUAGGAAGUCAAAAAUCUUUAUUCAGGGUUUACAUUAGAUGGGCAGAGUUAUAGAGGGUCAAUACCUCCCCAAAUGCAUUUAAAUAAUUCUGACAUUUGGUUUCUUUUAAUUUAUUGCAAACAUUAAGGCCAGUGGAAAAAACAAAGUUGACAAAGCUGAAAAACUGAGAUUACAGAAAGAAGAGGAGGAAAGGAAGCUGAAAGAGGAAGAGGAAGCCCGACUGCAAGCUAAACAAGAAGAAGCAGCUAGACUUGAAAAGGAGAGGAUUGAACGGGAGCAUAUGGAAAAGCUUCAGGCAAAAGAUCAAGAACGGAGGGAAGUUGAACUGGCCGAACUUAAUGCACUGGAAGAGAAGUUUGUGUGUGCACAAAGGUGGAAAACAGAAUUUAGAGCUUAUACAAAGUGGGAACAUUAUAUUGCUUGUGAUGGAAGUCCUGACCCAACUGUACUGCAGGAAAUAAAUACUUUCAUGAACUUAUGGCGCGAAGAUCAAAAUAAGGACAUUCCAUUUGUGAUGGAGAGGGGAGAGCAGGUGCUAAAUUUAAUUGAGAAGUUGCAGUUUCUUUUGUUGGACACACCACCAAGUGAGAUAACAGAAAAAGAAACAGCUCAGUACCAGGAAACGAUUCUGGAAUUGGAGAAUCUUCUUCAUCAGAAGUACAAUGAAGCGACAGAACAGCUGCUUAAAUCAGCUAUUAUGUAUGAAGAUUCUGACACUGGAAAUAUGCAGACAGUCAUAAAGGAUAAAAAUGUUACUUUCUGUAUUUGGGCCAAUCUGAAGAAGAAAGCAAGAUUCAAGAAUCAUGUCUUUUGUGGCACACAUCAUGGAUUUGAUCUUCCAAAGUCACUGGCUGUGAGCAGCAUUGCUGUUCGCAUAUUGCACACCCACUACGACCACAUAUCUCCACUUUGGCUGCAGUGCCAGAGAGUGCCAAGACUGGAAGUCUUAGAUAGUGAAGAGUUGACUCAGCAUUCACAAGACAAUGCAGGAGAACCACAAGAGGAAAAGGAAGUCAGAGAGGAGCCCAAAGUGACUACUGAAGAAGAAAUGCUUCCUGUCGAGAGAAAUAGUGCCAUUUCAUUUAGAGGAAAUACAAAUAGCAUAACUGAUAUAAAUGAGGUGACAAAAGAGGAAACUGAGAAGAAAUCAGAAAGCUUUGAUAUACCACCAGAAGUUCAAAUUCUACAGAUGCAGGAAAAGACCAGUGAAGAAGAGGAGAUGAUAACUGAUGAAAACACUGUUGAUUUGCAACAAUUUGUCCCUGUGGGUGGUGUGUACCACAUCGAUGGGCUACAACUUCCACCUCAGGUCCAGCAAAUCAACAGCUGGAGUGUGGUGGAGUUACUGGAUAGUGGCUUGGAGGCAUACCCGUAUCCCCCAGAAGAGUCUGAAGACACCACACAUCCACCAAUUCAGAUAACACUUGCACUGCCUGACAGUGUGAUCUUCUGGAAGGAGCCUGUGAUAGCCCGCUGGGAUCCUGCUGGCCAGCAGUGGAGAACAGAUGGCAUCAGCAACGUAAAAUAUGAAACAGAGGAGGAAAACAUCACUUUUGAGAUAGAUGCCUUUUAUACAAUAGCAUUUCUCCAGGACAUUCAUCUCAACAUGCCCUAUCAAGCAUGGGAAUUGCGACCCACCAGUACAGAGGAAGCAGUAUUUGUAAUUACCACAGUCUUUGCAGAGGUUCAGAUACAAAUUAAGGGUAAUCAAUGCAUGCUGGCUGCAGUAGUGGUGGGAGAGAAGAAAGCACUUUCCCAGUUGGUAGGAAAAUGGAUGUGCCCUGUCACCUUCAGAAGAGUUUUGAAGAAGUGUGGCCUGAAUAUUUUCCCAGAGGAGUAUUCAUACAAAUAUGUCUGUGUGAAUAAAAAGGCUCCUCUAACAGAAUUUAGGGCAUAUCAACAAAUGGCCCUGGUUGCAUCUGCUUUUGCUUUUGGCUGGAGCAAGUGGAAUCUGGAAUCAGGUCAAGAUCAAGUAGUGUUCAAGGUAAGUGAGCAUCUUAAAGCAGAUUUUGUCAAAGAUGAAGACUGGUCUCUUUACAUGUUUAAUGGUCAGAGAGCACAGAAGCUGAAGAUCACUGAAGUCAGUGAAGCUUUUUCAAUGGAACUAGAAGAAGAUUCUGAAUUUCACUCCUCUCUCUACCACAUGCUGAAAGAUUUUGCCAGCAAAGCAGCAAUUGAUAAAGUGAAUACAGCUAACUUUCUGUUUGUUGAUGUUGUCUAUCAGCUGCUCCUUGCUACAAGAGUUUUAACAUACUCUUAA